GCUUGCAGGCAUGGUGUGCAAGCGAUCGGGGAGCGAGAGGGCACAAUGAUGGAAUACUGAGCAAGCGGGAGAGAGAGAGAGAGAGAGAGAGAGGAGACUGGUUUCAAUAGGGAAGGAGAGAGAGAUGCAGCUGGUUGAGCAGCCAAAAGGAAUGAUCUAAGAGCGCCACUUGCUAAGGAUUGUUUGCCGGCCUUGGUUUCUGACCGAUCAGCAUCCUCAAGCCCUGGGACAACAUUUAUUUUAUUUUAUUUUUGGAUGGGGCUCCGUAUAAUGUCACCGCCAAUUAAAGAGCUGGCCUGUUUCUCUCCUGUACUGUGUCAGUGCAAGGUGGUAUGUACCAACAAGACUCUGUCCCUCAUGUUCGGCUGUAAGAAAUAUCGGUACCAAGAUGAAGACACCCCACCCCUGGAGCCCAGCCCAUCGCACCUACCCAAUCAGAUGAAGGGACCUGAGCUGGUCCAUGUGUCGGAGAAGAACCUGUCACAGAUUGAGAACGUCCAUGGCUACGUGUCCCACUCGCACAUCUCACCAAUGAAGCAGAUGGAUCCCGCCGAGCUGUGCAUCCCGUUCUUUCCUCCGACUAUUGCUUGCCUGGGAAACUGUGCGUUUGCAUCCUGGUUUUCGAAGGGUUUGCAAUGCAGCGAUGCUAAUUUAGCCGACAACUCCUUUUAA